AUGGUUUGGAUUUCACAGCUACAUGGUCUGCCACAGCACACAGUGGAGGAGUGGAUCCGCCAGGUAUUACUGAGACGAACCAGUGUGGUUCAGCAGUUUGAGGAACAGUCACCCUGUGGCACCCCGCCCACACCUCUCGCAUCUGUCCCAACGGUGCUGUUGCCAAAUGACAUGUUAUCUUCCACAGGGAGUCAUGGAAAGACAACAGUCACUAACAAGAAAAAAAAUGUGGUGAUAAAAUGGAAAAUUGAUGACACAGAGACAGCCACUAGUGAACUAGCGCCUGAUCCUCUUGGAGCUGAUGGAGGCAGCAUAGACUGUGAAUCCGUAUCAAUCAAAUCUAAUGGACAAAGCAAAGGGAAAGCUAGCAAUAUGAUAAACAGCGACCAAGGUGCAAGAUUGAAACAAGUCAAUUCAUCCAGGGAUGCUGCAGUAAUGAAUGUCGGGGAAAACAAUGCAUUUAAGUCAGCGCCAGCUAGUGGCAGGUUGCAACCCGGUGAAAGAUAUCAUCCUGAAAGCCAGUGCAGCGAGACUGGAUUAAACGGCGUGUCAAUAACAUUACAGCAUGACCAAUUAGACCUGGGACAUCAGGCAAAACAUGCUGGCAUGGGCAACAAAGCUGUCAAAUGUGUUGAGAAGGAGUCGGAUCCUGAAUGUUUUACUGAGGAGGACUGUCAACAAGAAAUGAAUCGCAUAGCCUCUGGAUUUGUUGCGGCGGUUCUUGCUGGGGCUGUUGCAGAGUACAUAGCACAGGAGUUUGAAGACAACCACAAGGCCAACCACAUGGUAGUGGCAGCACAGCCCGUCCAGGUGAAGCUAGAUAUGAUGCAGUGUCCUCAUUGUUCUGUGCCUGUUGAGGCAGCCAAAUAUACAGCUGCAGCAGCAAUGGCCGCCCACAGCGGGGAUCCCCAAGCUGCAGCAAGGGCUGUCAUGGAAGCUGCUCGCUCUAUGCAACAUGUGGUAGACACGGAGCCACCGGACCAACAUGCGCAACAUCAUAGGAGAGGUGUGUGCUCCAGAUGUACAUGUUCUGUCUCCUAGCAGCUGGUUUCCAUGGCUGCACAACAUGGCUCUGUCUCCUAGCGGCUGGUUUCCAUGGUGACACUAUGUCUAGGAGCACCCUAGACAUUUGUUUAAUGGACACCUUCAACAAACUGCUCUCUGUCAGCAUUUUACUGCUGUCAACAAGAGACUGCCCUUUUCAGAUGGAUAAAACAGUUUUAUGGCUUUUAAGCCCAACCAUCAAGACUGAUGUCAUGGUAACAAAUCAUAAAAUGCAUUCACACAGUGUCCCUGUAGGAUUUGUUACUGUACUGGCACUUGUUAUGGUUAUGGCAGACAAAGGACAAACAUAAUGACAAGGCUCUGUUCACAGACAGUGGAGUGGCUCACUGAGAUUGAAGAAAUUACAAUUUAUGUAGAUGAUCAAGCUGACAUGCUAUGUGUGCACAUACAUUUCACAUGUAAUCGGGAAGAAACCCAUUGUACUACUGCCGGCUGAAAUGAACAUUGGUUCAUUUUUUUUUUUUUUUUUUUUUUUUUUUUUUUGAAGAAUACAAUGUCCCGAUUAUGUCAAAGAUCAUCUUAACAUACUGAUAUAUGUUGGUUACAUUACAUUUCUUAAAGAAAAUUGGAGAGCAUACGAAGUUCAGUACAUCUCCUAUAUACAUACUGCAGAACACCACAUCAUUUUAAUUUCAGUGUUUACACUUAGUUAUACAGUAUUCAAGGGAUAUAAACAUUGUAAACCUUCUGCUGAAUACAGCCAGGUUUCAUUAAAUAUUAAUAGUAUUGAGUUAUCAAGCUGAAUUAUUAAUCUGUUAAUAUCCAUAUGUGGAUCCAGGGGGUGUGGUGCCUCCUCCCAAUAGGAGGUGAUGCCUCCUCCCACCAGAGGGUGGUGCCUCCUCCAAAUAGGGUGUGGUGCAUCCUCCCACUAAAGGGUGGUGCAUCCUCCCGACCCAAAACAAUUCAGUAGAUUCAGCCCACUUACUUCCAUUCUUUUUCAUUUCCCAAAAGGGGCAAGAAUACAAGAAAGGCCAACAGAGAAGGCUUUCAGUUGAAUCAAUAUGCUGUCAAACACACUAUUUUCUUUUCAUUUUACUGUGGUCGGU